AUAGCCACUGGAUGGGGAAAUCUUGGCUACUAUAACGAACAGGCGACGGUUCUACAGCGAGUACAGCUUCUUAUUGUACCAAAUUGGCAGUGCAACCAAAGUACGUUCCACAACCGUCGUCUAUGCUACGGAAUUUUGGAGAUGCAAUUGUGUGCCAGUGAUCCGCAAGGUGGAAAAGAUACAUGCUCGGGAGACUCCGGCGGUCCGCUACAGCUUCCAGUUCCGGGAGCAGAUCGAGAUGCAGGACUCUGCUCUCGACCCUUCUACUUGGUAGGUAUCACAUCAAACGGUAUGAUUUGUGGUACAGUUAAUCGGCCAGGAAUUUACACGCGCAUUUCAAGUUUCGUAUCCUGGAUAAAAUCUGAGAUCGACCAAUGAUCAUUUUCAAUUCAAUUACAUUCUGUGAUUAAUAAGACUUUGGUUUUGUUGCGAUACAUCAAGAGAUGGCUGAAGAGGGAACUAAUAUUUUAAGAUACAGACAAAACACAGUUUAUUAUUACGAGAACCGACCGAGCCCUGUUAAG